AUGGUGUUCAAGGGCAGAUUUUUUUCCUCCAAGAAGUCAGACACUUCGAGCCCCGAUGGAUCCUCCAACAGCCCUCGAUCUCUCGGCUCCAACAACUCCAAUUCGCCGAUCCGAUCCGACAAGAAAAAGCCCAAAUCUCUGUCGCCGUCCGUUUCCAAGGACAGCUCCCCGGCCGCCGCCUCCGGGUCCCCCGCCGCCAGUACUCCGACGAGCGCCGCCCGGAGCAUCCUGAAGAAGAAAGGCUCCUCCAAGGGCAAGGAGGCGCUCGGUCUGGCCAAACCCGCUUCCAAAAUCUCCACCUCAUCCUUAUCCUCGUCCAAGUUGAAGAAAUCAGACGAGUCAGCACCUCCGGCGGCGGCUCAGCCGUCGCCUCUGUCCAUGUCGCCGAUAGUGGCGUCGUCUUUAGGGCUGAACAAAAUAAAGACGAGAUCGGGGCCGCUGCCCCAGGAGAGUUUCUUCAAUUUUGGUGGUCGAGAGAAAGGAGUAGGGUUAGGCGCCAGUAAUCUGUCCAGGCCAUUUGGGGCCAUUGGCGGCGCUGAUGGUAAUUCGGGUGGUAAGAAGAAGAAUCUUGAGAAUGCGGAUAAUGGGAGCAAUUCAGACAGCAUGUCGACUGAAAGCGGGGCAUCGAGGGAUCAGAGCCCGCAUGUGUUCCAGGCUCAAGAACGUUCGCGGCUGCAAAAUGCUGAAUCUUCAUCUGGGCCUAAUGGGCAAUUUGAUUCAUCAUGGGGUGAUUCUGUUGUUCCCAGUAAUUCUGAUGCAUGUACUCCAGAGAUGAAGACAUCGUAUGACUGUGAGAAUCCAAAAGAGUCAGAAUCUCCGCGCUUUCAAGCCAUACUCCGUGUGACAAGUGCCCCUCGGAAAAGGUUUCCUGGUGAUAUUAAAAGUUUCUCUCAUGAAUUGAACUCAAAAGGUGUCCGACCUUACCCUUUUUGGAAACCUAGAAGGUUGAAUAACGUUGAGGAGAUAUUAACUAUGAUCCGGACAAAAUUUGACAAAGCAAAGGAGGAAGUAGAUUCCGACCUGCAUAUCUUUGCAGCAGAUCUAGUUGGAAUCCUAGAAAAGAAUGCAGAUAAUACUCCAGACUGGCAGGAGAAAAUAGAGGACUUGCUCAUCCUAGCUAGGAGCUGUGCUAUGAGUACCCCAGGAGAAUUUUGGCUCCAAUGUGAAGGCAUAGUGCAAGAGCUGGACGAUAGGCGUCAAGAGCUUCCAAUGGGCAUGUUAAAGCAGCUCCACACGCGAAUGCUUUUUAUACUCACCAGAUGCACUCGACUGUUACAGUUUCACAAGGAAAGUGGGUUGGCUGAGGACGAGCAUGUUUUUCAUCUUCGACAGUCACUUCAGCCUCCAUCAAAGCAAGCCCCUUCAGGACCAGGAAAAGAAGGGAAGACGGCAGUAGACACGAAAUCUGUGCUGGUGCCCUGUACAAGGAAGUCAUACAGUCAAGAGCAAUCGGAUUGGAAAAAUGACCGAAUGGGAACCGGAAGUUCUCUUGUUUCACCUUUUGAAACCACGAAAAGCUCAGAAUCGAAAUCGGGUCGGAAUCGGAUGGCAUCUUGGAAGAAGUUUCCUACUCCCUCUGGAAAGAGCCCAAAAGAAGCUGUUGUCAAAGUUAAGGAAGAGCAAGGUGACAGUAUCACAUUAGCCUCACGAAUGUUAGAAAAUCAAAGAGAGAACAGUGAUGGUUAUCUGGCUAAUGCAAAGGCACCCGAGCUUCCUCCCUCUAAAGACACGCAUGGGCCAGCUGUGAUGCCAAAACACCAGCACAAAGUUUCGUGGGGCUAUUGGGGUGAUCAGCCUAGUGUAACCGAUGAGAGCUCAAUAAUAUGCCGCAUUUGUGAAGAGGAGGUCCCGACUUUACAUGUCGAGGACCAUUCUAGGGUAUGUGCUAUUGCCGACAGGUGUGAUCAGCAGGGUCUUAGGGUGAACGAGCGCCUCAUGAGGAUUGCCGACACUCUUGAAAAGCUGAUGGAAUCGUAUUCAACCAAGGACAUGCAACAUGUUGCCGGGAGUCCAGAUGGCGCUAAAGUAUCAAACUCGAGCGUGACUGAGGAGUCGGAACUCGUUUCUCCCAAAUUUAGCGAUUGGUCCCGAAGAGGGUCUGAGGACAUGCUGGACUGUUUGCCGGAGGCAGAUAACAAUAUUGCCAUGGAUGAUAUGAAAGUUUUGCCGUCCAUGUCGUGCAGAACUAGGUUUGGCCCAAAGUCUGAUCAUGGGAUGACCACAUCAUCGGCAGGCAGCAUGACUCCAAGGUCACCAUUGAUGACGCCAAAGAUGAGCCCGAUUGACUUGUUUCUGUCUGGAAAAGGCUCUUUGGCUGAACAUGGGGAUCUUCCUCAGAUGAAUGAACUUGCUGAUAUCGCUAGAUGUGUAGCAAAUACACCUCUGGAUGAUGAUCGGUCUCUGCAGUAUCUUCUAUCUUGCCUUGAAGAUUUGAAAGUUGUCGUAGAUCGACGAAAGUUCGACUCGCUGACAGUAGAAACAUUCGGAGCUCGUAUAGAGAAACUGAUCAGGGAAAAGUAUUUACAACUGUGUGAAAUGGUAGAUGAUGACAAGGUUGAUAUAACCAGCACUGUAAUUGAUGAAGAUGCCCCUUUGGAAGAUGAUGUUCUACGCAGCCUAAGGAGUAGCCCUGUUCACUCUUCCAAAGACCGUACAUCAAUAGAUGACUUUGAAAUUAUAAAACCAAUUAGCCGUGGGGCAUUUGGUCGGGUGUUCUUGGCGAAAAAGAGGACAACUGGAGAUUUGUUUGCAAUAAAGGUUCUUAAGAAAGCGGAUAUGAUACGUAAGAAUGCUGUAGAGAGUAUUUUGGCCGAACGUGAUAUCCUGAUAUCUGUUCGCAAUCCUUUUGUGGUACGCUUCUUUUACUCAUUCACCUGUCGCGAAAAUUUAUAUCUUGUGAUGGAGUACUUGAACGGAGGAGAUCUUUAUUCAUUAUUGAGAAAUCUAGGGUGCUUAGAUGAGGAGGUUGCUCGUGUAUAUAUUGCCGAAGUUGUGCUUGCUUUGGAGUAUUUGCAUUCUCUUCGCGUGGUUCAUCGUGAUCUGAAGCCUGAUAAUUUGUUGAUUGCACAUGAUGGACAUAUCAAGUUGACAGACUUUGGGCUAUCAAAAGUGGGUCUUAUCAACAGCACUGAUGAUUUGUCGGGUCCGGCUGUUAGCGGAACAUCGUUAAUGGAAGAAGACGAACCGCCAUUAUCUGCAUCAGAGCAUCAGAAAGAAAGGCGUAAGAAACGUUCAGCUGUGGGCACACCAGACUACUUGGCACCAGAGAUUCUUCUAGGAACUGGGCAUGGAUUUACUGCUGAUUGGUGGUCGGUGGGUGUUAUUCUAUUUGAAUUGAUUGUCGGCAUCCCACCAUUCAAUGCCGAGCAUCCUCAGAAAAUAUUUGAGAACAUUCUCAAUCGGAAGAUUCCCUGGCCUCGAGUUCCUGAAGAAAUGAGCCCUGAAGCAUAUGAUUUAAUUGAUCGGCUACUAACUGAAGAUCCUAACCAGCGGCUCGGAGCUGUGGGUGCUUCUGAGGUCAAGCAGCACCCAUUUUUUCGAGAUAUUAACUGGGAUACUCUUGCUAGGCAGAAGGCUGCUUUUGUCCCUGCAUCAGAGAGUGCAAUGGACACUAGUUAUUUCACAAGUCGUUUCUCAUGGAAUCCCUCAGACGAGCAUGUUUAUGCUGGCAGUGAAUUCGAAGAUUCCAGUGAAAAUGGCAGCUUAAGUGGUAGCAGCAGUUGCAGCAACAAGCAAGAUGAAGUGGGAGAUGAAUGUGCGGGGCUCGCGGAAUUUGACACGAGCUCUGAUAUCAAUGACUCCUUUAGUAAUUUCUCUUUUAAGAAUCUUUCCCAGCUCGCCUCUAUCAACUACGACCUGCUCACGAAGGGCUGGAAAGACGAUCCACCUUCAAAUUCAAAUACAUAA